AUGCGCAGGACCCGCGUGGGGGCGGGGGCGGGGGCGGGGGCGGCCGGCCGCACGGCGCAGCGGGUAGGACGCGCUCCUGGGCUCUGGCCGGGGACUCACCGGUGGCGGGGCGCCGCAGGCCGGGUUGCAAUGGCGGAGGCAGAGGCAGGGGUGGCAGUGGAGGUCCGUGGACUGCCUCCUGCCGUGCCCGACGAGCUGCUCACACUCUACUUUGAAAACCGCCGACGCUCUGGGGGGCCUGUGUUGAGCUGGCAGAGACUGGGCUGCGGGGGCAUCCUCACCUUCAGAGAGCCUGCAGACGCCGAGAGGGUCUUGGCCCAGGCAGAUCACGAACUACAUGGUGCCCAGCUGAGCCUGCGGCCAGCUCCACCACGAGCCCCUGCACGCCUGCUGCUCCAAGGACUGUCCCCUGGCACCGCACCCCAGCGUCUGGAGCAGCAUGUCCAGGCCCUGCUGCGUGCCUCGGGGCUCCCAGUACAGCCCUGCUGUGCCUUGGCCAGCCCCCGGCCGGACCGGGCUCUGGUCCAGUUGCCCAAGCCCCUUUCUGAGGCAGAUGUCCGUGUCCUGGAGGAGCAGGCCCAGAAUCUGGGCCUGGAGGGGUCCUCGGUGUCCCUGGCCCGGGUGCCCCAGGCCCGAGCAGUGCGUGUGGUGGGGGACGGCGCCUCUGUGGACCUGCUGCUGCUGGAGCUGUACCUGGAGAAUGAGCGCCGCAGUGGUGGGGGGCCCCUGGAGGACCUGCGAUGCCUGCCGGGGCCCCUGGGCACUGUUGCCUCCUUCCAGCAGUGGCAAGUGGCAGAACGAGUGUUGCAGCAGGAGCACCAGCUGCAGGGCUCAGAGCUGAGCCUUGUCCCCCACUACGACGUCCUGGAGCCUGAGGAGCUGGCUGAGAACACCAGUGGAGGGGACCACCCAUCCACCCUGGGGCCUAGGGCUACCAAGCAUGCUAUCCUGAGGACUGGAGGGCUGGUGACGGCUCUGCAGGGUGCAGGGACUGUGACAAUGGGCUCUGACAAGGAACCAGGGCAGUUAGGGUCCUCUCUGAGGACUGGUCCCAUGGUGCAAGGUACAGGGACUAUGACGACGGGCUCUGGCGAGGAAUCAGGGCAGUCAGAGGCCUCUCUGAGGACUGGUCCCAUGGGGUCUCUGGGACAGGCAGAGCCAGUCGGCUCAAUGCCCAUGGGGUCUCUCGAACAUGAGGGGCUGGUAAGCCUGAGGCCUGUGGGGUUGCAGGAACAGGAGGGGCCCAUGAGCGUGGGGCCUGUGGGGUCUACAGGCCCAGUGGAGAUCUCUAAGGGGUUGCUAGGGCAGGAGGGCCUGGUGGAAAUUGCCAUGGACUCACCAGGGCAAGAAGGGCUGGUGGGUCCCAUGGAGAUCGCCAUGGGGUGUCUGGAGAAGGCCGGGCCUGUGAGCCCAGGACACGUGAAGCUGGCGGGGCAGGAGGGCCUGGCGGAGAUGGUGCUGCUGAUGGAGCCAGGGGCGAUGCGCUUCCUGCAGAUCUAUCAUGAGGACCUUCUUGCGGGCCUGGGAGACGUCGCUCUCUUCCCACUUGAAGGACCGGAUGUGACUGGCUUUCGGCUCUGUGGAGGCCAGACUUCCUGCCAGGCGGCCGAGGAGUUUCUGCGGAGCCUGCUGGGCAGCAUUAGCUGCCAUGUGUUGCGCCUGGAGCACCCGGGCAGCGCCAGGUUUCUCCUGGGCCCAGAAGGGCAGCGCCUUCUCCAGGGGCUGGAGGCUCAGUUCCAGUGUGUCUUUGGGACAGAGCGCCUGGCCACAGCCACCUUGGACACAGGCCUUGAAGAGGUGGACCCUACCGAGGCCCUCCCAGUGCUCCCUGGUGAUGCCCACACUCUGUGGCCCCCAGACAGUACAAGUAGUGACCAGGAGGACGUGAGCCUAGAGGAGGUCCGAGAACUGCUGGCCACCCUGGAGGGCCUAGACCUAGACGGGGAGGACUGGCUGCCUCUGGAGCUGGAGGAGGAAGGGCCUCAGGAGCAGCCAGAGGAGGAGGCGACCCCAGGGCAUGAGGAGGAGGAGCCUGUGAUCCUGGCACCCAGGCGGCUGGAGGAGGAGGCCGCUCUGCAGGUGGCCCUCCACCGGUCGCUGGAGCCUCAGGGUCAGGCGGCUGAGCAGGAGGAGUCUGCUGCCCUGCGCCAAGCCCUAGCCCUCUCCCUGCUGGAGCAGCCCCCGUUGGAGGCAGAAGAGCCUCCAGAUGCGGGGACUGAUGGGAAGGCCCAGCUGGUGGUGCACUCGGCCUUUGAGCAGGAUGUGGAGGAGCUGGACCGGGCACUCAGGGCUGCCUUGGAGGUCCACCUCCGGGAGGAGACAGUGGGGCCCUGGCGCCGCACACUGCCUGCAGAGCUGCGUGCCCGCCUGGAGCGGUGCCACGGUGUGAAUGUUGCCCUGCGCGGUGACUGCACCAUCAUCCGUGGCUUCGGGGCCCAUCCUGCCCGUGCUGCCCGCCACUUGGUGGCACUUCUGGCUGGCCCCUGGGAUCAGAGUUUGACCUUUCCCUUGGCAGCUUCAGGCCCUACCUUGGCGGAGCAGACGCUGAAGGGGCCCUGGAACAAGCUGGAGCAUCUGGCAGAGAGCACCGGGGAAUUCCGAGAGGUGGUGCAGGCCUUCUACGACACCCUGGACGCUGCCCACAGCAGCAUCCGCAUUGUUCGCGUAGAGCGGGUGUCGCACCCGCUGCUGCAGCAGCAGUAUGAGCUGUACCGGGAGCGCCUGCUGCAGCGAUGCGAGCGGCGCCCGGUGGAGCAGGUGCUGUACCAUGGCACGACAGCGCCGGCAGUGCCUGACAUCUGCGCCCACGGCUUCAACCGCAGCUUCUGCGGCCGCAACGCCACGGUCUACGGGAAGGGCGUGUAUUUCGCCAAGCGCGCCUCCCUGUCGGUGCAGGACCGCUACUCGCCCCCCAACGCCGAUGGCCACAAGGCGGUGUUCGUGGCACGAGUGCUGACCGGCGACUACGGGCAGGGCCGCCGCGGUCUGCGGGCGCCCCCUCUGCGGGGCCCAGGCCACGUGCUCCUGCGCUACGACAGCGCGGUGGACUGCAUCUGCCAGCCCAGCAUCUUCGUCAUCUUCCACGACACCCAGGCGCUGCCCACCCACCUCAUCACCUGCGAGCACAUGCCCCAGGCUUCCCCCGACGACCCCUCUGGGCUCCGGGGCCACUCCCCAGACACUUAACCGAAGGGGCCACCUUCUGGCCUCCUGCUUCCCAGGCUCCUGGCUCCGCACAGCCUGAUGCCCCCGCCCCCAACUGUGGCCGCCUGAGCUGCGGAAUCCAGAAGGCGGUGUGGAGUUGGGGGUCAGCAGCGGCCGAGGGGGGCUGGGCUUGGUCCCCGCCUGGGCCGACCCCACCACCAGGGGUCAGCAGAGCCCAGGAGGCGACGCCGCCCGCCCGCCGCGCCCAGACCUCGCCUGAAUCGGCUCUGUUGUUUGAAUAAACGUGAACGUGAACCCAAGCGGAAGGGCCCCGGGAA